UUUUUCACUUUCUCUCUCUCUUUCUUUGCCACCCACUCUUUACCUCUCUUUUACUGUGGUAGUUAGAAUAUUUACGUGAAAUGAAAACUGAAAUUGCUGUUAUAGCAUGAGGGGUGGAGACAGAGGGAGAGGAGAGGCACAAAUAGAGCAGACAGAGGAAAUCUCUCCAGUCUGGAUCACAGCAGGCACAUCAAGAUGCAGUGUCCUCGAGAACAGGAUGCUCUAAUCCCUCAGCCCCGUGGGAAUUUACCUAAGCUCUGUGCUGCGGUUCCAGUUGCCGUAACUAUAGGAUGCAUGCUUUUAUUCUCUCCUGAGAAGUUGCUUGGCUGGAUUGCCAUGGCAGUACUCAUGCUGACUGUUGGCCCUUUGCUACAUGGGCUCUGUCUGCUGGCAGAGGAGCUGAUAUAUCAUUCAAACACAAGAUAUCGAGGACAAGGGAUGCUGAGCCACAUGCUCCCUGCCUGUGGUUUGUGGGGCAAGACCCUGCUCGCUGCUGGUGUGGCAAGCCUAAUGCUGUACCUGGCUGGACAUCAUCUACCACACAAAGGCAACAUCUGGGAACUCCUUGUCCUUGUGUUUGUCCUUUACCCACUGUUGAAAGUCUCUGGAGUCCUGGGUCCGUCGGCGGUGGAGGUGUCAGACAUCUGCGAGGGGAGGAAGAAGAACGUAGCCCACGGCCUUGCCUGGUCCUUCUACCUGGGAUACCUGCGACUGGUGCUGCCACAUUUGGAGCAGUCCAUCGCAGCGUUUUGUGCCACACACCAGUUAAACAACAUCAGUUGGGGUCGUGGCUCCAGGAAGCUCCUCAUCCUCAUCCCUCUCAAUGCCAACAUUUCCCAUAAGCUGGAGGACGAGGAUGAAAACAUCCAAUUCUAUGACAACCUACCAAACAAUGAGAUUGACAGGGCAGGAGUCCGGGGGCGGGUCUACAAGCACAGUGUGUACCGCAUAAUGGAUGAGAAUAGGAAGGUCCAUGAGUGUGUGGUGGAGUAUGCGACGCCUCUGCUGACGCUGUACAACAUGUCCCAGGAGAGCAGCGCUGGUUUUGGGGAGCCUGAGCGCAGACAGCAGGUUCUGCUCUUCUUCAGGACCCUGCAGGACAUCCUGGAGCACUCGCUGGAGUGUCGCAACCGCUACAAGCUCAUCCUGCUCAAUGAUGAGCAGGAGGAUGACCCUCACUUCCUGUCCAAGGCCAUCCUCAGACACUUGGAGCAGCAGGAGAGAGAGGAGUUCUGUCUUACACCAAAUCCUCAGCAAGAGAGGGCACACCCAUUUGUGGGCAAUGCAGAUACUAAUAAUGGUGAAGUGAUGAGCAGAGACCCCACGCUCAUGAUCAGCCUGGAGCAACCUCAGCCUCUGAGGGUACCCACGGAGGACACUUACUAAGUCAGCAGACAAAGAUGAAGACCAGCUCUAUGGAGGACCAGAAGAGCCACGUGCAUCAAAAUAAAGAAUUUUGUGCUUCAUUAAUAAAUUUGUCCAAAUAAUAUGCAUUUUAUAUUUAAUUUUUAAAUAAUUUUAUUAAUUUAAAAAUCACUAAAAUAAUUUAUUAUUCAAUAUAUAAAUCAUUAUUUCAAAAUCCCAAAUCUAAUCUAUUUGCUAAUAAAAUAGCGAAUUCACGAGCUAACAGGAACGGAAAAAUGCAGGGAGGAAAUGGAUUGGAAAAUGUCAGUAAAGUAAAUCUGUCUUAUUUAAAUUGCAUUUUAAAACUCUCUUUUUUAAUUUGGAAAUUGAAAACGGUUUUUGAAAUGAGGUUUUUAUUUCGAGUUUUUAUUAAGUAUUUAUUAAAGGAUUCAUUUUGAAAUAUUGAUUUUUAUUUUAAAUCUCCAAAAGUUGAAUCUGUUCAUCUGGACGUAGCGUUUUGUGGGAGAAACGUUUCGUCACUCAUCCAGGUGACUUCUUCAGUCUCAGCUGACUGCAGGUUUCCCCAAAUCUUAUAAUCAGUACAUUUGCAUGAUGACUGAAACCAGCCCACUGAAGGAACAAUGGGCUGGGAGGUCAGUUCCUUAAUCUUAAUUAUGCAAUUUUAUACUUGUACCUUUAUUUUAAAUUAAAUUAUUAAAUCAUAAAUUACUUUAGUAAUAUUUAAAGAAAUAAAACAAUUAUAAAAUGAAUUCCUAAAUGGAUUUCCUAAUGCAUAUUUUAUUGCACAAUUCAUUACUGAAGCACAAAAUCCUUUAUUUCAAUGUUCGUGGCUCUUCGGGUCCUCCAUGAGGCUCAGCCUCCGUCACUGUGUGCUAACUCUGCAAAAUGAUCAUUUCGUAUAUUCCUAUACGAAUAUACGUAUAGGAUAUUCAUAUAUUAUUUAAAAUAAUGGAUUCAAUUUAUAGCUUGUUGGAGUUUCUUAUAUAGAUUCUUUUUUUUACAUUUUAUUUUGAAAGUACCUUUUGUGCAUCCACAUUAUAGAAUAAUUCAAAUUCUCCAAGAAUUGGCACCAGUCCGUUGCGGGGCUAUCACACAGAGACAGACAACCAAUCACACUCAGGGGCUAAUUUGGAUUCACCAGUCAAAGUGUCGUCUGUGGACUGUGGGAGGAGAGAGGGAGAACGUGCAAACUCGCACACAAAUCUUGCUGUGGAGCGACAGCGCUAACCUCCACCACCGUGCCACCCAAUGCAAAGACAAAUGGUGAUUAAAUGAUCAUUCAAAAUAAACCAGUCUGGCAUGAUUCAUUUGUUCCAGCUGUUAAAACUGUUAAUUAAAAUGUAUAAUUAAUAAUAAUUUGAAACAUGUUGAGAUAAUUAAAACAACUAGCAUGUUCUCAGAUGUCAGGCUAGCACUGCCGUAAACAUGAGACUUUUAUUGUGAAGUUAAAAAUUAACAUUGUAAAAAGGAUAUUUCAGCAUACAGAGGAUCCAAAGGUGUUCUUUAAAGCAGGAGGAAAAGGUCAGUAGCUCUCUUAAAUAUGGCUAAAAACAGCCAAAUUCAGCUCAUCUGUGGGCUGCUACACCUUCCAUGAACGAUCUGUAAAACUAGGAAAGCAUUGAUUUAUCAUCAAAAUCUUUCUUUCAUUUAGAAAAUUAUAUCAGUGCUCUCACAACCAAAGACAAAGGUUAAUGUAGGUGUCCAAGUAAAAGUCUGAAGUGAAUAGUAUUUGCAAAAGUCAGGUGGCGCAUCUAAAAGAACUAGAAUCAUCUAUCAGCCUUCUUAAUUUAUUUCAAAGAUGCUAGUUUAUGGAAUAAAUCCCUGCAGUUUUUUAAGCUGAAAUUUUAAUUACAGUUAUUCAAUUAUUCAUUCAUUUACACUAAAACAUGCUUGUGCAACAUGUUCAUGUCUAUGUACUAAACUCAAUAUUAAAUCAAUACAGCUUUACAAGAUUUUUGUUAGGUAAUAUUCUGGAAUAACUAUCAUUAAUAAAUGGACACUGAUAGUUAAUUAACUGUGAAUCAACACUGUUAAACAAUGAAUGUAAUAAUAAUGAAUGUACUAUUCCAUAUAUGGUUUUUAAUAACGGUUUUUGUAAAGGUGCAAAUGAUGUCUGUAAAAUGAUAAAUCUGUAAACUUUAUUUGGAUUGCUAUUAUAAAGUUAUUACGGUUUAACCGAUGUUUAUAAUUCCAGUUAACAUGCGUGCGGUAUGAAUGUGGACGAUGUUGCUGUGAGUCACAAGACUGAAACUGCAGGUUUUCUUCUUUUUUAUUUUACUGUUUAGUUUAGUUUUCCCGUUAGCUUUCCUUCUGCCUUUGCUGUCAGUUUAGCUUUGUUAACGCAGGAAAGUUCUUAUUGUGAAGUAAAAUUAGAGUUAAGUCAAAUUUGGGAUUGUAAUGGUCAAACCCAUGGCCACACUCUAAAAGUCCGUAACUCCUAUGUAUUUUUAUUGUUUCAUCUGAACACAAUAACACACUUUAGUUUCCAAUAAGUUUAUUGAUUGGUUUGGAUACAUUUGUUCUAUUUGUAAGCGUGCACAUUUACUUUACUUAUGUAUUCAUACCAGUUCAUUACUUUGUUUGAUCUUUGACUAACCGUUGCUUCUUCUGACUAACCUGCCAUGAUCCCUGGGAGUUGGUGUUUUUGUGCUUUAUGAUUGUGUUUUGCUUAGUUACCCCUCGUGUGUCAUAGUGGUCUGAUCAGCCAUUAUCUAUACCUUUGUGUGUCAUUUCCUGUUUAGGUCAGUUAUGUCUGUCUGGGCAGUCAUUUGGUUUGUUAAGGUUGCAGUUCUCUGCCUGAGUUUAGUUUUGUUUCUUUGACCUCUUUUAUGAGCUCAACAUUUAUUACUUUUGUAAAUAUA